AUGCCGGGCCCGGCGUGGAGCCAGCCGCCCCGGAGCCGGGUUUGUGAACGCCUCAGGAUUUGUACACAGUGUAGUGACACACGCUCCUAUCGGAUAACCCCACCUCCUCUUCCUGUCUUCCCGCGCGACUCUCUCCGCCGCAACCUUAGGGUGAGACCUGUGCUCGGUCCCCCAAGAGCUGCAGAAAUCAAACGGCUCCUCGGGAGUCCUAACCGGACCCGCCCUCCCCGAUCUGGUCUCUGGGACAGGCAAAGUAACAGGAAGGACGACGAAGGACUCGCUCGCCUCUCACCUCUCCUAACAGUUUGUCUCUGCGGCUUUCUCUGUGUGUGUGUCCGCUGUGAAACUCCACGAUCCGGCCCAGCGCCCUUUACUGAGAAGGGGAGGAGGGCCCUGUCCCCGCCUCUGGAGCACGUGGCGACCCACUUCCCCAGCCUGAACUCCCGCGCUCGUCCACGCCGGGGCGCAGAGCCUCUCCCGCCUUCCCUCUACGGCAAAGUGCUGGUUCCCAGCUCGGCCCUGCCUGCUCCCUACCCUCACCCCUUGGGUUCACCUGAUGCCACUGCCAUGUCUGUCUGCCUAGUCCCCUUCUGGUGUCAGUGGUCCACUUUGGUACCUUGA